CGUGCAGGCUCGCUGAGAAGAAGCGCGAGGCUCCUAGUGAACUCCGUCUCGCGCACCCCGCCGCUGUGACCCUCACUCCACCAACACGCGACCACAUUCUUCAACACGGUGAGGUUUCAGAGCCGAGCCUGAACCAGCAGCGUUCCUCCGAGUUCAGAGACACCCAGUUCACCACCAACAACAACACCACUAACACCACCACCUCCACCGGCACCAGCACCAGCACGAGCCACCCGAGAGGAGGCGAGACACCGCGCGCGCAUCACCCGCCGCUGACUGAGCACCAUGGAGAGCGCAAUCAACGGCUCGAGCGCGGAUUACCGGAGCCCGUUCCCCGUGCUUUACAAGAACACCACCAGCUUCUGCCGGAACUUCACCGACACCAACAACAACACGAGACUGGCGGAUGCGCGAUGCGAAGAGGACCAGGGGCUGGCUGGACUCGGCGGCAUGGACAACGACACCAACCCGGUCAUCAUAGCGAUUGUUAUCACGGCUCUGUACUCCAUAGUGUGUGUGGUGGGGCUGGUGGGGAACGUGCUGGUCAUGUAUAUCAUUGUCAGAUACACCAAAAUGAAAACCGCCACCAACAUCUACAUCUUCAACCUUGCUUUGGCCGACGCACUGGUCACCAGCACGUUACCGUUCCAGAGCGUCAACUACCUGAUGGGAACCUGGCCUUUUGGAGACGUACUCUGCAAGAUGGUGAUGUCCAUUGACUACUACAACAUGUUCACGUCUAUCUUUACACUCACCACUAUGAGCAUCGACCGCUACGUUGCCGUGUGUCACCCGGUUAAAGCGCUGGACUUCAGGACACCCCGCAACGCCAAGAUCGUCAACAUCUGCAACUGGAUCCUGUCGUCGGCCAUCGGUUUGCCUGUCAUGUUCAAGGCAAAGACUGUCGUCACUUCCUCCAACAUCAUCGACAUUGUUGACUGCAAGCUGGAGUUCCCCCACCCGUCCUGGUACUGGGAAACCCUGCUGAAAAUCUGCGUGUUCAUCUUUGCGUUCAUCAUGCCCGUCCUCAUUAUCACAGUCUGCUACGGUCUCAUGAUUCUGAGGCUUAAGAGUGUUCGCAUGCUGUCGGGCUCCCAGGAGAAGGACAGGAACUUGCGUCGGAUCACCCGCAUGGUUCUGGUGGUGGUGGCUGUCUUCAUCGUGUGCUGGACACCGAUUCACAUCUUUGUCAUCAUCACAGCUCUUGUCAACAUCCCCAGCUCAACACUGCAGACUAUCACCUGGCACUUCUGCAUCGCACUGGGUUACACCAACAGUAGUCUGAACCCCGUUCUUUAUGGCUACCUUGACGAGAACUUCAAGCGUUGUUUCCGUGAGUUCUGCACCCCAAGCCCCUCUGUCCUGGAGAUGCAGAACUCAUCCCGGACCGGGGUCACCAGCCGCAAACUCCCACAACGUGAACACAACACUGCAAACACAGGAGAGAGGUCCAAUCAACAGGUAUGACUAGCCUUGGAGGGGUCGUCAGUGGACUCUCGCUGUUGUGGCAGCGCUGCCCACGACGACCUCAACUCGGAGGUCACUCAAGUCACUACAGGGCUGUAAACACACACAAUCCUGGACAUGUCUUAGAACAGGCCAUUUUAGUUGCAGCACUUAACCAGGUCAGGUAACUAUUAGCCGAACUACUUACUGCAUGGAUGAGCGCAGCUUACUUUUAUGGAAGUACAUUUAGAAAUAGGACAGGUUAGACCAAACAUGACAACAAGCAUCAAUAUGACUUGGCCUCAUAAUAGAAGAAGACAUGAUUGCACUAAACUGUGCAAUAAUACUACUGUUAUUUAUAUUAGAACAAUAUGAUCAUUAUAAGUAUUUAAAUGUUGAUUAUUAUUAUAACAUACAACAUAGAGGCUGAAUAUGUACAGAAAAUCAAACAGAUGCCUCAGCUAGAAACCUGACCGCAGUUGUGAAAUAAUAAAACCCACCCAUGCAGACUUUGAAUAUGAUCAGUCUGCUCUGUACAGAGCUGCUUCAUUGAUUUAAGCCUCAUGCUCUAAACCUUAUCUUAUUAUGAAUAUUCCUUGUUGUAAAAAGAGAUCAAUUAAUUAUCCAGUGUUUUCUGAACUCAUUGCUUUCACCACAUCCUAUAACCUUUCCUACUCAUGUUUUGCUUUCUCUGAUAAAAAAAAAGGUUCAUGUGUGUCUAUAUAGUGUGCAACAAACAUGUGCAUUUGCAAAAUGCAGAGAGACUAAGAUGUUCUAAUGUUAAAUUAUGCAAAUGCAUAUAAAACAGCAAGUGUUAUUUAAACUUAUUUACAGUGCAGACUGUGUCCUACUUAUUUCUGUACUGUUCAUUCAUCUGGGGUGGUUUUCAACCUUAUUAUUAUGGAACUGUGCUGAUUGAGCGACGCAGCCCCAUGCUGACUCUAUCAAAGAGACUGACUGUGUUGAACUGUGCUCUCUCCUCAUUUCACCGAAAACUUGGGUGUCAUUUAGUGACCACUCAGUCUUUGACAUUUCCGUUCUUGAAUUUUUAAGUCUUUCAUUUUCUGUUGCUUCUUUGUAAAAAAAAAAAAAAGUUUCAGAUAUUAUUACUGGACUUCUUAUUAAGCAGACAUACAGUACAGCACUGUAUGAUCUCUGAUAAAUAUGACAAAUGUUUGAAUGUACAGAAGGGAAAUCAGCUGUGUUUACAAUGGAAUCAUGGAUCCUUUAAACCAGCAAAAAGGUGCAGCAGACUGUUUGCUAAAUGCACAGGGUGUGAUGCUGUGACAUACAGAAGGGACAUCUUGUACACUCCUGCUGUAUGCCACAGUAUGUGAUUCUCUACAGUAUGUGAUUCUCUACAGCCAUUACAGCAGGUAUGGGGUCAUUUGGAGUCAUAUCUCCUUGAAGCACUUAUUAAGCAAGCCAAGCAGGAUUGUACAUUGUAUUGUCGUAAUGUUGAUAAUCGCUUGUGCUUAUGUAUCGUGCUGUAUGCUCUUGCCAGUUGCCUUUACAGUAGCUCUACUCAAUAUUCUGUGCACCAGUAUUUUCAACAAUCUGUGAAACUGAUUGUAUUAAUCCAUAUGUACAAUACUGUAAGUAAGUGUUGCUUUUUCACAAACAUGAAUGAAAUCAUAAAAUUGACCGAUAAUGCUUUCUGAUUAUGCUAAACCAGCAAGUUAUUGUGCUUCUAAAUAUAACAUUUGUUAUAUUGAAUCUGCCUUGUUUGUUAAUGAGGUGUAUAAAAACAGAAUAAAUGUGUGUAUAAAAUAAAAAAAAUAAAGACUUU